AUGGCAUCGUUUCGGGUUUUGAUCUGCGCCUUUCCAACACUAGUAUGCUACUGCGAAAUCCAGAUAUAAUGUCAGUACAGUUGCGGGUGCAUUAAGUGGAAUACAUUUGUGGAUGUGAUUUUAAAUUGAUUGCGCCAAAGGAGACACAGGACAAAGAGGAAGAAUGGUGUCGUUGUCGCAUCCUCUGCUUUUCUCUCUGUUGUUUUGCUUUGGCGAGCUGAUUUUUGCUCAGAUAAAAUACUCGACCCCAGAGGAAGUUAAAGUGGGAACUAUUAUUGGAAAUAUUGCCAAGGAUUUGGGUCUCGAUGUCAGCACAUUGAUUAACAGGCGAUUUCGGAUUGUGCCCGGAGCUCACGUGGCCCUUUUUGAGGUAAACCCGAACAAUGGGGCUUUGUAUGUUCAUAAGACUCUGGACCGAGAACAGCUGUGCGAUAUAAAUGGCGCUUGCUUAAUGGAUCUGAAAAUCGUUGCUGAAAAUCCACUUGAAAUCCAUUAUGUCACAGUGGAAAUAAUGGAUACUAACGACCAUAUUCCGAGUUUUGCUGAAAAGGAAAAGCUAAUAGAAAUAGCAGAAACAACGAUGCCAGGAGCACGAUUUCAGUUACCAGGCGCACGAGAUCCAGAUGUUGGAAUAAAUUCAGUCCAGCGCUAUAAACUUAGUCAAAACGAUCAUUUUAAUCUUGAAAUUCGAGACAGAGGAGAAGACAAAAUUCCUUUCUUAGUAUUGCAGAGACACUUGGACAGAGAACAAAAAACAAACCACAGCUUAAUUUUGACCGCUUUGGAUGGAGGGACACCGUCAAAAUCAGCUAAUCUUAAUCUUACAAUAAAGGUUCUUGAUAACAACGAUAACAGACCCGUGUUUUCUAAAGAGGUUUAUUCUGUUGCAUUAGAGGAAAACUCUGCAUUAGGUACGAUUGUAACAAAACUCCAAGCAACGGAUCUCGACGAGGGAAUUAACGGGGAGAUCGAGUAUAGCUUCGGUGGUGACAUUAAUUCUAAGGUGUUACAAUUAUUCAGUCUGGACAAAAAUGUUGGAGAAAUUCGAGUUAAUGGACAAAUUGACUAUGAGACAGCUGAUGUUUUCAAGUUAGACAUCCAAGCUUCUGAUAAAGGUCAGCCGCCGAUGACAACUGAUUGUAGAGUCAUAAUAAAAAUACAAGAUGUCAAUGACAAUAAGCCAGAGAUAGAGGUGACAUCACUAUCUAGCAUGGUCCCAGAGGAUUCAAAACAAGGAACUGUGAUUUCUCUUAUCAGUGUUACAGACAUGGAUUCUGGCCUGAAUGGUAAAGUCAUAUGCAGUCUGACAGAAAACGUGCCAUUUGAAUUAAAACCAUCAUUUAAGGAAAACAUGUAUUCACUAGUGACAACUGAAACGCUGGACAGAGAAACUGUGUCACAUUAUGACAUUUCAAUAACAGCUACAGACUGUGGACAGCCCGCGCUUUCCACGUUCAAAACACUGAGUGUUCAGGUGUCAGAUGUG